CCCCCCCUCACACAGCUGUGAGCAAUCCCACCCCGAACCUCCGCGUGCGUAAAAGUUCCGCGCAGGUUUUACGCAGAAGCGCUCGGCCGGGCAGAACGAUGGAUGAACUUCAGCUUGAUAAUGGAUUAACCCAUUAAGCAAAGAGAGAAGAAAAAGGCUCUCCAGAUGUCAUUGUGUUGGAAGAAAACACCCACGACGAGUGAGUCAGUCCCAAAGUAGCUGAAGAGGAGCGCGCCGGUGCGGACGAGGUGAUCCUUAAAAAGCUCCGUCCUGCUGCCGGGUUUAUGGGGAAGAGAGGAGCUGAGCUCGCCUCAUCCAAACCACUGACGAUCGCUGCGCCUGGCGCGCCUGCCAGACAUGGAUAACGCGCGUAAAAGCUCUUGAUGCCGGUGCGCUUUGGCACAAGAAAUUCACAAAAGAAAGCCGGCGUUUGUCCUAAAGUUGCGGGGAAACUUCUUUCAAAGCAGCACAUUCCAGACUGAGAAGCUCCUGCGCGGAGGUGGAAAAACAUGCGUCAAGGCGCAGCCAGAUUUCAGACGCUCUUCGUGCUUUGGUCGAUCCUCGUCGUCGGUGUGGGGGUAGGAUUCCCAACCAGACGCAAGAACGUUGCGCACAAAGCUAACAGUCUCAGUGGCGAUGUCCAGUUGGGACCUUUGGAGCAGCAGAACCAGGUCCAGAGUCUGGAUCCGGAGCCUCACGGCCAGCAGAGGAGGUGGCCCCACCCCCAGCACCGCUCCGUGGGCGUUCUCCCCCAGCCCCAGCCCGAGGAGGACACCAAACCCUUCGUCUUCGACAUCAACAACUUCCCCGACCUCGCCAAUGCCGACAUCAGCUUGCAGAACCCCAACAUACAGGUAACCAUCGAGGUGGUGGACGACCCCCAGAUGGAGGUGGAGAUGGACCUGGCCAAUGACAAGGACUGGCUGCCCCCCUCCUCCCCGUCCUCCACCGUAGAUUGGAUCGGCGGUCAGAAGCUCUUCUGGCCGCUCUUCUGGAGCUACACCGACUCCAGCGAGGACACCAGCAGCCGCUCCGGCGCCGAGGAGACCGAGGAGGACGACGGCGAGGACGACUACUCCUUAGACUACGGCAGCGAGGAGCCCCUACCCAGUGGGGUGGGCGGAGACUGGGACGCUCACUGGAACGAAGGCUGGGACCCGAUGCAGAGCUACUACGAGAAGGACUCGGAUGAGUGGACGCCCUGGUCUCCCUGCUCGGUGACUUGCGGACACGGUGAGAAGAAGAGGACCAAGUCCUGCGGCUACUCUUGUACUUUGACCGAAGCUUCUAAGUGUGACCUGGAUCCCUGUCCAGGUGACGUCAACGCCGUCGUAGAACCUUUUCCGUUUGAGAUGGAGAACGGCACAGAGCCGUUUGGAACAGAUGUGGACAGUUGUGAAAAGUGGCUCAAUUGCAAGAGCGACUUCCUGCAGAGAUACCUCCAUCAGGUCAUGUCCGAGCUUCCCAGCUGCCCCUGCUCCUUCCCGUUCGAAGUGGCAUACACCGUGGUCAGCGUCUACGACGAAAGCCACGGCCGGCCCUUCCGCUGGCGCGAUGCCAGCGGCCCCAAGGAGCGCCUGGAUGUUUACAAGCCUUCGGCCCGAAACUGCAUCCGCUCGGCGCUCUCCGGCGACUCGUCCACCCUGGCAGCGCAGCAGUGCUGCUAUGACGACCGCGGGCGGCUGAUCACGCGCGGGAAAGGCGCUGGCACGCCAAACUUAAUCAGCACCGAGUUUUCCCACGAGCUGCACUUCAAAGUCGACGUGCUGCCCUGGAUCCUCUGCAAAGGGGACUGGAGCCGCUUCCAUGCCGUGCGGCCUCCAAAUAACGGACUGCGUUGCCCGGAAAACCCCCACGAAGAUGUCUUCAUGAAUGAACUGGAAGAAGCCAGGGAGUACUGAGGGACCAGAGCCAAAACUGCCACUUUCCUCAGAGUCGGAGGCUCCGAUCCUAACUUGAGAAGGGACAGACUGCCUUGAUAUUCUGAAACAUAACCCCGAGCUAUUCCGCGUUGAAAAACAGAGACGUGGAGACGUUGUCCAGAUUUUAGCCCCGACUUACAGGCUUGAAAACAAGAGAGGAAAAAUAAAAAUGAAGGAAAUGUGUUUGUCCGAUUCCCUGCCACAUCUGGCGUUUCAUCAAACUGUUUAUUUUCACAGUCCGUGGCUCUUUUGGCGCCUGUAAGAAUGCCCACCUACUGCUUUCUUCUCCCUCUUCGUCAAGUUUAGAUUGAGUAAAAGAAAAAUCUCGCGUGGGAACGGAAGAUCAAAAAAAGCUGCUACAUGUUUCACUGUGAUGCACAUUUUAGUCUUCAAUCUUUCAAAAUUGUUUGGAGGAAGCUCAGUUUUAUCAGAUCUUAUCAGAUCUGGAAGAUAAAACCGCUCAAUCGGAGCAUUCUUCUCAGGGGAACAAAGCGGAUUUCCUUUUACCUCGUCCAUCUUUGGGAUGUUGUAGAAAGCGGCUGGAUUUAGGAUUCGUCCCCUCCGUCUCUUGUCAUUUCUAGGUUGCUUUUAGGAUCCCUAAUCAUAAAGUAAGGCACUUUACUCUCCCGCUAAAGUGUUAUUGUGAAGGGACGGUUCCAUGACGGUGCAUAAAGUGUCAAGAAACGCAUGUAACUUUUGUGAUUUUCUGAAACUAGUAUUACAUAUGUGAUGUUGUACAGUAUUUAUUUGUCUGUUUAUCUUUUUUUAAAAGUUUGAAUUGACACUUAACAUGGUGCACUGACGGACUGAAAAAUGAAGGCACCCAUUAACGAAAGGGAAAAUGUUGUUUUAUUGUGUUGAAUCUGUAAUGAGAAUGGAAAAUAUACAUCUAUAUAUAUAUAUAUAAAACAUUGCAUUCAUUAA